UCACACCGGAGAGGAGAAGUUUGAGUGUACUGUGGCCAGUCACCAUCACAGAAGUUGUCCGGAGGGCGGCGGGGGGGGGGCCAGGAAAAGUGCUCUGCAAGUUUCUUUCUUCUUUUCUUUUUUGGAUAAGAAAGUGAUUUCGUCUGACCGUCCGGGGACAGGAACACCGUGAAACAUGGCUGCUCUUUCAGCCUGGUUCUGGAACGAGCGGUUCUGGUUGCCACACAACGUAACCUGGGCGGAUCUAGCGGACCCAGCUCCCGGGGUGGAGUACCCCAAAGCUGGACACUUGCUGACUGCCUUACCGCUGGCUUUGGGAAUUUUUUUCGUCAGGAUAUUUUUCGAAAGAUUUAUUGCAAGUAGCUGUGCCCGCAGUCUACAUGUCCAUCCUGGUGUUGGACGGAGAGCUCAGCCCAAUGCAGUGCUGGAGAAAGUGUUUACAUCCAUCACACAGAAUCCAGACUCUCGCCACCUCAGUGGCCUCUCCAAACAGCUGGACUGGGAGGUGCGAAAGGUCCAGCGUUGGUUCAGACACCGCAGGAACCAAGAUAAACCAAGCACACACACUAAGUUCUGCGAAAGCAUGUGGAGGUUUACGUUUUAUUUGUGCGUAUUUACCUAUGGGCUCCACUUUCUUUGGCAGUGCCCCUGGAUGUGGGAUACACGGCAUUGCUGGUACGGUUAUCCCUAUCAGGUCAUGACUCCAGGCCUUUACCACUACUAUGUGACAGAGCUGGCUUUCUACUGGUCACUCAUGUUCUCCCAGUUCAUAGACAUUAAAAGGAAGGACUUCCUCAUCAUGUUCAUCCAUCACUUGGCUACUGUCUGUCUCAUCAGCUUUUCCUAUGUUAACAACAUGGCGCGAGUAGGAAGCCUGGUGAUGUGUGUCCACGAUGCCUCUGACUUCCUGCUAGAGGCAGCCAAGCUGGCCAACUAUGCCAAGUACCAGCGUUUGUGUGACUCCCUGUUCAUUUUGUUUAGUGUGAUAUUCUUCAUCACACGACUUGUUAUAUAUCCAAUAUGGGUCCUGAACUCCACUAUGUUUGAGAGCUGGGCCAUAGUGGGGCCGUACCCUUCCUGGUGGGUCUUCAACGUCUUACUGCUCGUGCUCCAAUUGUUGCACAUCAUCUGGGCCUACCUCAUAGCCCGGAUAGCUAUUAAAGCCAUUAUGCGGGGCAAGGUGUGCAACGAUGUCCGCAGUGACAUCGAGAGCAGCUCAGAGGAAGAGGCCGACACGCCCUCAGACAGCCUGAAAGCUUCUCCUCACCCUAACAAAGGAGAGAACGGCACUAACGGCCACUGUGCUGCUUCCAAAGCCUGGGUGCAGAACCACAACAGCUGGUGACACAAAGCCUGACGCUGGGAGCUCCCUGCAGUCCGUCCCUCGUGUGUUGAUAUCUUAUGACGUUCCCUUGAUAUGCAAGACACACACACACACACACACACACACACACACACACACACACACACACACAGACAGACACACACACACA